AUGAUCUGCGAUCAUCCCGCUAUGGAUCUCGUUGACAUAAAGCAGCUCAGUGGGUUGUUGAUCUCCUCGUUGCUGCACUCGGCUCCCCCAGUCAAGACGCUGUAUUGUGUGCUUGGAAUCCGUUCAUUUGAACGCAAGCCAACAACACCUACGGUCCGUCGAACCACACCCCGCCCCUCUUCCCUUCCCGAUUCCCCCCCACAAGUGACAAACAUAGGCGGCGUUCACUAUGUCUACCGAAAGUUCUGUAUCUCCCUCCGCUUCACCCUCUCUCGGUUCCCCGUCGCCAUCCGUUCAGACCGUGAUCCAGCAGAUGUGCUCUUCCAUCGUCCCUCUCUCUUGCUGACAAGCUAUUGCCUGGUUUCGACCUGCGGUAUGAAGGUAGCCUUGCAUCAGCUAGGACUCGCACACCUCAACUCCGCCACUUCUCGUUUCGAAUCCGUUUUCCUUGUCAACAUAUGA